AUGGAUGUCAUGUCGAUCGAAGCAUGUGUUGAGGCUGUUGUUGGUGCCUACCGCGAUGCUUCAAAGUUGGUACAGCGGCUCAAGAAUAAACAAGCUUCGGAGGAGUUCAUUCUGCCAGAGCAGUUGACAAAGGAUCUGGAAGACUCUCUAUCGCUGGGGGGUACCGCGGUGCAGAGCUUGUACGACCACGACGUUCGUCGCUUUGGCGAGACAUAUGCCCGAGGGGACGCCAUCGCCCGAGAGCAGAUGAAAGACAUCCUCAUCAACUUGCAGCAGGCGGUAAUUUCGCAUCUGAGGGAGGUUUUUAUGGAUGAAGCAACACUAAACCUCCACAUGUUGAAGGAAACAUCAGACGAUUGUCGGGUCAAUGCAACAGUAUGCCUAGGUCAGCUUUACCAGCGCAUGUCGACGGCUACCGCGGCAAUGAAGCAAAUUGCCCGUCCAUCUAUCGAUGACUCCGACAAGGUCCAGUUGCCUGGAUCGCUAGCUUAUUCGAGUAGCCGCAGUACGCAUUCGUCGUUCGGUGGAAGACCAUACGACACUCAAUCGGGCACAUCCUAUACCACAUACAGCUCAAGGACAGCUGUGGGGCAUGACCGUAAACCAUCUGGUGGUUUGGCGCCGCAGCGGAGGACCUCCAUGAAUUCAACAUUAUCUUACAUGAGCGACGCGCCCAAGAGCCGCACGCCAGGCGAAGAUAAUGUGCCGGCUCUUCCCUUUCCUAUGCAGAGACAGACAAGCCAAGGCGCUGUAUCCCAGCAACUUGAGGACAGCCCUCCGUCAACAAAUGCGGACCCGCCACCGUACAGAGCGAACUUAACGGGACCGAUCUAUACGAGUGACGAAAAAGGGCAAAGAUUUCCAAAGGAGUCGGCUUUUUAUCAGCCGCCCCCAGCUGUACAGUAUAGCCCUGUGCCACAGAGCACUUUCCAGGAGCGCAGUCCUCGAAUAGCACAAGAUAACCCGGCUUCUGUGCCAGUUCUCCCAGCCCAAAUCCACGAGCUUGACCAUAACCUGGCCCCUGAGGCAGAACAAACACAGGAAAGGGAAGUCAUGAAGCCAAAUAUGUCGACGACGACGUCAUCGAACCAACGACAGGCCGUUCCGUUAAAUCCUGACUACAGCACCCUGGAAUUCGUCGCCCCGUCGGAACCUCGGAGUCGUCCCCCAGCAGCUGCAGGUCUAGAACAACAGUACCAAAGCCUGUUGCAACAGCUGCCUCCCUAUUUACAACAGCAGGUGCAGCAGUCGAUGUGGCAUGGGUACCAGAAUCCAAAUGUAUUAGAGAACCAACCGACAACGAGUUCGCCUAUCUCCAGGCCCCAGACCAGCAACGCUGGGGGUGAAAUACUGCCCGUCCUCCCUGAUCCUCUUUUCCAGCAAAGGGUGCCGCCGAUUCCUUCAGUUCCACGACCGCUGUCGAUUCGAUCUACUGGUUCAAAUGGGUCCAAAAUAGGAUCAUUCGCGAUUCGCAGGGGACUGCCCCCUGGAAUCGCCGAGGCAAUACACAAACCUGCACCCUCGGCAUUGGAGGCGCAAUUCAACAGACUGCCUCGCUACGUGAAGCCAAAAGUGCUCGACGUGAGUGGCAGUGAGCACAUAGCCACAUUGAACAGCCCGACUUCGCCGACAGUGCAGUCCGUGGAUAGCAUGUCGGACAGCAUGACGGUGAAAUCCACAUCUGAAAGUGCGUCACUGGAAUCUACUAUGCGGCUGGCAUCGACCGCUGCAGGUCCACCUCAAUUGCAAAUAGCGCGAUCGCAGCUCAACUUGCCGAGUGAAUCGAAUCUCGCUGGAUUCUGCAAGGGUGCAGUGAGGCAACAACUCGGCGCACGGAAAAAGGGGUUCUCGCUCGAGCACCGGAAGGGGCCAAAAGGUCAAGAACAUUUCUGGCGCUGCACCAAGUGCAAUUUCGAAGGACCAGCAUUAGUCUCAAGGGCGCUGCCGAGCGGUGGACGUGGUGCGGUCAAGGCCGAGAAGACGUACGAUACCAAAGUACGAUAUUCUGAAGGAGGCAUUAAAUAUCGAUGGAACCUACUGGCCAAAUGUCAUGUGUCCAAGAAGUUGACGAUCGGCGAUGCAAUGAAUAGUGGCGACAUGUUCGCCUGUUACUUCUGUUGUGUCGAGGGAGUGGCCAAAGGCUGGAUCGAGGACGGAGUGUCGACGCAGCUGGCCAGGCUAGGUGUGUUUGGAGAGAAGAAAGCGACAACAGUCAACGUGACACCCACAUUCACAGGACUGCAAGCCUUCUUAGCACAUCUGGAGACGCACCGACUUCCAGAUCGCACCCCGGGGCUGAUUCCGGCGAAUGAGAUGUAUUGCAUCGUGGGAAGAGUUGCCCAUGAUCAAGAAGAAUUCGACUUGAACCUACCACCACCGGGAGCAUGA